AUGCCAUCAAAGAAAGACCGCGAGAGCCUUGAAUUUUGCAUCUAUCAUCGCACAUUGAAACAUCCAACAGAGAAGUGUUGGACUCUCAGGAAAAUCUUCAGAGAUAAAGUCAAGGCAGACGAAUUGAGGUUCAAAAAGCAAGGGACUCAAGACAUCCGAGAACAACCAUAUCAUCAGCACCGAGACAAGGGCAAGAAUGUUGUUAUAAUAGCUUAUGAAGGCCCGCUGAUUGAGGCUAUUGCCAAUCUCGAUGACGAUGAUUGUUAUCUGGACGACAUCCUCAAGCCCGAGGGUGAACAAGUUUACUAUGGAAGUGCUCUCGAUCCAGAGGGCAGAACAUUUAUGACUCAUGUCGAAGAUCCCUUUGAUCUAGAAGGAGGAGAAGAGUACAACGGAAGAGGAGGACACCAUGUUUAUGUGGCAUCUUAUUUUGAAGAGACUGAGGAGAUGAUUAACUAUGAGCCUCCAAGAGUGGAAAAAGAUCCGGAUCACUAUGCCAAAACCCUACAAGACUGUGUAAAGUUCAAGGCCUUUUUGGACAGUGGAGCCUCUAUCAACAUUAUGACCCGCGCUACUCUACAGCAGGCUGGAAUCUCUGAAGAGCACAUCGUGAAGCAGCCGAUAGUCAACACUGGCUUUGGUGGAGAAAUGAGAGUUACUAUAGGAUGCGUAACAGUUGAUUUAGCCGUCGGAGAGAUUCGCACGGCCACCAAGUUUCAUAUUAUCGAUUCUGAGGCAAAUUAUCACAUUAUUCUAGGGAGGACCUGGAUGCAUAGAUAUGGGGCUGUACCAUCGAGUUAUCAUCAAUGUGUUACGGCUAAAUGGGAAAAGAAGACGGCGACAAUUCAGGCUACAGAAAGGCCUUUCGAGACCCAUGAAGCUCAUUAUUCUGAUGCCAUCUACUUCAUUGAAUUGGUUGUCGAAGAAGUUCCCACCACCUUUAAGCCUCGGGGGGUCAAAAUUCCUCGUUAG